UAAAAACAGAAAUGAGUCGUGCGCCUAUUUGGAUUUUGAAAAUUUUAGCGCAGAAAUGUUUGAAAACAUACCUUUUAGAGGCAGUAUAAGAGACUGAUCGAUGCUUUAGGAUGGGGAACCGAAUCUCAAGUAAAGAAAGGAUUGCCACAUCGGCUUCCUUACCAAGUUUGAGAUCUUCUUCAGUAAGUUUCAGUUCAUCGGCAUCAAUGUCAACAAAGAAAUGGUGGUCAAAACCAAAUAUAAAUAAGUCCCAGAGUGUUGAGGCAUUGAAUAGGAAAUGGUCAAGAUCAAGACGUCAACUAAGUUUGAGUACGUUAGAUGAUCCAUUUGGUUCGUCCAAAGAGAUUUACCCCGUACCUUUGGUUGAGGCGAUGUUUUUACCUGAGUUCCCAAUCAAAGCUGAAAUCAAUGAAACAGAUUUUGAGUUGAUAGAAGAGAUAGCUGAAGGAGCAUAUGGUAAAGUAAACAAAGUGAGAAGACUGGAUAACAAAGAACUGUAUGCAAUGAAGGUGAUAAAGAAAUCCCAGUUGAUCAUAGAGGAAGCAGUUGGCCAGUGUAAGGAUGAGAUCACCAUACAGGAUAUGUUAGGGCAUCAUCCCUUUGUGCUUCAAGCCUUGUUCAACUGGCAGACUAGGAAACAACUAUACAUCGUGAUGCCCUAUAUGCCAUGUGGGGAUUUAUUUACUCUAUGGCAAAGAAUUGAUGACUUUCCAGAAGACUUGGUCAGGGUUUACAUUGCAGAGAUGGCAUUAGUUUUAGACUUUCUCCAUAAUGCUGGUGUGAUAUACAGAGAUCUGAAGAUGGAAAAUAUUCUGAUUGAUGAACAAGGACAUCUGCACUUGGCAGACUUUGGAUUGUCUAAGUGGCUACGACAUGGAGAAAGGACAAGCACCAUUUGUGGAACUCUUCAUUACAUGGCUCCAGAGGUUUUACUUGCUGAUGAUUAUGACCAUGCUGCUGAUUGGUGGACGCUGGGUAUCCUGAUGUAUGUGUUGAUUACAGGCGAGUUCCCAGCUAGUGGGGCAGAGAACCACACUGAGAUGGCAGAACUAUGUGAGGAGACAGAGUAUGAACUAGAGGAGGACUAUCCCUGGGCUACCAGAGAUGUUGUAGGAAGACUUUUGUGCAGAGAGCCCCAAUACAGACUACAAGAUGUUAGCAAGCUUUCAAUGAUGUUAUUCUUCAGGAAGCUAAACUUUGAUGCAGUCAUGGAAAAAAUGUACUGGCCCAGAGAUUACUAUCCUGAAGGGGUAGAACUUUUCCCAGAUGGACAUAAAUCAGUUGUCAGUGACAGAAGCUACAAUUCUAACAAUCAAAGCUACAAUACUAACUCAAAUAGCCAGUGGGAGAACUUUGAUAGCGAACCCAUGACUCCCGGAGGAGUACAUCUGGAUGACGUUUUUGUUGAUGACAAGUCUAAUUUAGAUUCAUCAAAAAGAAUAAAAUCGCCUGAAAGAAUGAAUUCACCUGAACGAAUGAAUUCACCCGAAAGAGUGAGUUCACCUGAAAGAGUGAAUUCACCUGAAAGAGUGAGUUCACCUGAAAGAAACACAUCAGGAAGAAUGAACUUUAAUACAGCCAACUCACCUGAUAGAAUUAUCUCUGAUGAUAUAAACUCACCCAAAAGAAUUAACACAUCUGAAAGAGGUAACUUAGAUAAGGCGAACUCCCCUGAUAAGAUAAACUCUCCAAACAAAGUGCCUCGAUCUUUGCUGGCAAAUAGCCAAAUCAAUAGUCAUGACAAUAAGAGGAACACAUGGAGAAAAAUUGAGGAUUAUAUGACAUUUGAAGAUUAUAAGCCAAGUAUUGAUAUACCAAGAGAUAUAUCUGAACCAUAUAAUGAUCUGAGACAUAAACCAUAUAUUCACACUCCUCGUGUUAGUGCAAAGGAGGUGCAACAUAGGUUCAUAGUGAGAAAGAUCGGGACUCCUCUAGAUACUAGCACACCAAUGCCAACUCCAACAAAGUCGGAAACCCGUGACACUCAUGACGAUCAGUCUGAUUUUGAAAUUUCAGGCCUUGAUGAUUCUAAGUUCAAUAUAUCCGGUGUUGAACAAUCAUCCCCAUUAAAAACAAUGCCUAAGGAAAAUUCACAUCUGGUAUCUGAGAAAAAUGAACGUAAUUUAACUAUUGGUCCACCAUUACAUAGUACUCCACUCAAAGGAGUACAGAAUGGUACACAAAUUGAUUAUAGCGGGAAUUACUCGGAAAGAGAAACGAUGCAAACACUGUCCAGCAGAAAUCCAACUUCCCCUCAUUUUCAAGGAAACCAAGCUAAUAAGAGACCAGACUUUUUAAGCCUUGGUGACAAUUCUCCAGCUACAUCCAAUAUGCUUAGAAAAAGCCCAGCGGAAAAAUGGCAGCAAUCACAAAGCAAAAAUUCUCCAUUAGAAAAUAAAAAAUCCCCAACUGAUAGAAAGGACAGAGAAUUCCCAUCUGAUAGCAAUGUCGCUAAAUUUUCAUCUGAUAGAUUAAGGAGUGAAAACACUAUAAAUUCAGCGCAUCAUCACAGAAAUACACACUCUUCGAGAUCUCUUGUUUUCGAUAAUCCAACUAGAAAUGCAAACUCUACAGAAUCUCCAGAAAGAGGUAGAAAUAUUCUCACCUCCUUUGCUGAAGAUGGGUUUCAACAUUCCAAGACUUUGACUAAACAUUCCAUGAAUAAUGAUGAGGAUGAAGAUGAAUAUGGCUUUAAAAGUCAUCCAGUCCCAAGGACAACAAAAAGGACUUCUUCUUUACAAAGAAUCCCAGUGUCCCCUAUUCCAGGCCAAUCCCAGCAAUACCUGCAAAAUGACCAGUUAUCAAAGGAUGUCUCUAACCAGAAUGCAUUACCAAGGGAGGGUGUUGACAGGAAUGCUGUUUCCCAAGCUCAAAACAAAAUGUCUCAAAGGUAUCAGCUAUCUCCUAUAUCACAUACAAGAAAUCCUAAGCUAGAAUCAGCAAGGCAAAUGUGGAGUAGCAGAGAAAGACCACAAAAUGAUUACACUGAGGUACCUCAAAACAGACCUUCAGAUAUACUCUCUGAAAAUCCAGGCAUGCCCUCCAAUGUGGGGCCGUAUAGCAUACAAAACCAUGAAAAUGCUGUCUCACAAAGAGCUCAAAAUCUAAAUACAGCUGCGUCCCCGCCACUUUCCCCAGUUAGAAAUUCAGGAAAUUCACCAGUUAGAAGUAUUGACUAUUCACAAAACACAAAAGAAUAUUCGCCAAAUGUGUUUAUAUUUCCAGAAAACAAUUCCCAAUCGUCUCCCUCCUACUCACCAAGAUCACAAUAUGACAUCUCUAGUAAUUCCACUGAUCCUUCAAGACGUUCAAUAGAAACUUCGAGAACAUCUCGUAAGUCAUCCACUCAAGGCAGUUUUCUAUCACCUCGCUCAGCAAAUGUCAGUCCCAAAUAUUCAAUCCACAAUCACAACUCAGUUAAAGCUGAAGGUCAUUUAACUGGAUAUGAUCAACAUAGUAAAAGUCCCAGUUUUGACAGAGAUUUACGUGAUGAUACUGUGAGACAUGAUAAAUAUGGGCAAUUUAUAAGUCAAAGCCCCUUGAGAGCUAGGGGUGUCAAUUUUGAGCAGGAAAAUAUUAGAAAUAGGUACUUAAAUGCCAAGGAAAGUACCUUUAAUCAAGAAAUUCAACAUUUCCCUAGUGGGAAUACACAUGAGCAUGGAGACAUGAUCUCCUCAGUGAGCACACCUUUUAAGCAAAUGAACAAUAUGCAAAUGAGACCAGUGGCGCCACCUAAACCUGGUCCUAAACCUAGUCUUCCACCAAAGCCAUCCAAACAAGUCAAACCACAGGUACCACCUAAACCUAAGAGAGCCAUCUUGGAUAAUAAUGAAACUGAACAUAUUGAUUCCUAUGCAAACCAUGCAACAAGAUCAUCUGAACGUGACACUGUAAAAAUCCAAAACCGUGAUGGUGCCUCAUGGCAAAACACUGUUUCCCCAAGAGCCAAGUAUCUUAAUACAGCUGUAUCCCCGCCACUUUCCCCAGUUAGAAGCUCUCCAGUUAGAGAUUCACCCCCUCGGAAUAUAGACUAUUCACAACACACUAUAGCAAAUUCCCCCAAAUCAGACACUCCCCAGGAAGAUUAUGAUGGAGAUAGAUUGCAGUUUUCGUUAAAUAAGACUCCAUAUAAUAGCAUCCUAUCCAAUGGUGAACUUAGACGUGAUAACCAGUCCAAUGGUAGACUUACACAAGACACAUUGUCUAAUGGUACAAUUUACCAUGACACCUCAUCUAAGAGUGCCUUUAAUCGUGAUAAUAGACAUUUGGAAAAUGGUGUCAUUAUAAAACGGAGAAUAAAAAAUAAAACAAUGCCUGAAGAACAAAAUUUGAGCAAUAGAAUUAUACGAAGGCCAAAAAUAAAGAAUGGGACUCCGAAAAAUUCCUGGUUGUGAAAUAUAAAAUGUGGCUUGCUGUUACAUGUAUAUAAAGAAAGAUUU